CUUUCCUCGAUGUAAUUGUUUCAGCGCUGGCCGCCGUGGGACCACAUGAUACUUAUCGUUCGCAUACGGUGCAAACUCUCACGCUCAAGCGCUUCCACUCAAGUACUCUCGUUUUUUAGAGAUCUAUAUCCGAGUAUCAUCGUGUUUGUGGAGCUAUCGAGGGAAAUCGGUGCCUACUUGCGGAUGGACAGUCGAGGCAAAGCUCAAGCUGGCAACUUCGAUUCAGUGUGCGGGAAGCGUCGGACGUGGCAAGAUAACAGUUCGUUUUUCAUUCAGAACUGCAACGUCAGAGCUGAAAUAAUAAUGGUCUCGGCGGUUGCAUUACGACGGUAUUCAUCUGGGAGGCCGUUAUUCCCACCUCUUUCGUCAGCAUUGAAACCCGAAGGAGCUCGAGUCAGUGUUGUAGUCAUGGUGGCACCACUGGCGCUGAGUGGAUGGUGGAUGCCACUUCAACGCGAACAUGCUUCAAAGGCUUGCUACCAUUCCAUGGACAAGACUUCCAUCAUGGAUUUGUGUGAAAAAGGUUCCUCGCUCGUCUUUCUAUCUCUCUAUCUCUCUCUUAGAGUCAGUGAGGCGGUUUAUAUCCGUCUGCUCUUUUGUUCUGAAUGGUUACAGGCCAUAUGGAUUAAAUGUAUUCAACACCUCGGAAUUUUGAAACGAGAUGUGUGUAGGCAUCCAUAACUUGUGGACAGCAAACUAACAUGCCGAUGAAUCAUGCGAAGAGCAUGUGUAGGUGUAAUCUUUUCGCGAUGUACCAACCCGCCCGUUAAUAUACUCAUCCAACGACGGAUUCACGGCUUUUUGAGCCUAAGGAAGCCCUCAAGAGAUCACAAGUCAACGGGUUUCUUCGGAACAACUCGUUCACUCUUUUGCUUUGGUCAGGAUAUAAAAGAGUCCCUGUUUUCAAGUUCGGAAUCAGCAAGCUAUUCCAGCUUCCACCGGAGUCACUAUGGUCGCAUUCCCCAGUUUCUCUCUGAUUCUUGGACUUUCCUCACUAUUCUUCGGAGGCCUUGCUUCCCCUGUACCAGAGGAUAAAACUGGCAAUGCGACCAAUGUUGUACCUCUGGCUGUCCCCAGUGCCCCACGAUGGGUGAUUUACAGCGAUAAGUUCGUCUCUGGACUUACCGGGCCACCACCUGUUAGCCAAGUGCGCGGCUUUAAUGUCUUCGCAUUGUCCUUCUUGCUCACAGAAGGUGCCUUCGAUAAGGCUGAAGAAUGGACUCAACUAAGUGCCUCGGAACGAACUCAGAUCAAAUCAGAUUACCACGCGGCUGGUAUUCAACUCAUCGUUUCGUUGUUCGGUGCGACGGACGCACCUACGUCUAGCGGUGCCGAUCCGAUAGCUACGGCUAAUACUAUGGCAGCUUGGGUGAAGGAAUUCGACUUGGAUGGUGCCGAUAUCGAUUAUGAGGACUUUAAUGCUAUGAACGCAGGCAAUGGUUCUGCGGAAAAAUGGUUGUCCGAUUUCACACGCCAAAUGCGGGCACUGCUUCCCAAGGGACAAUUUAUUCUCACCCAUGCUCCUGUCGCUCCCUGGUUCUCUCCUGAGAAGUUCAAUAACCAGGCUUAUCUCGCAGUCGAUGCUGAAGUUGGAAGUUUGAUUGAUUGGUACAAUGUUCAGUUCUACAACCAGGGAACGAGUGAGUAUACGACGUGCAGUGGCCUUCUCACCCAGUCAUCCGCUACUUGGCCGCAUUCUUCUCUCUUUGAGAUUGCUCAGAGAGUGUCUUUGAACAAGUUGGUCAUCGGAAAACCUGCUACUCAAGGUGAUGCUUCCAAUGGAUUUAUGACCACCAGCCUUUUGGCUUCUUGCCUCCAACAAGCGAAGGGUAAAGGAUGGUCUGCCGGGGCUAUGGUAUGGGAGUUCCCUGACGCAGCCGCGUCCUGGAUUCAAGCAGUUCGCAGUUUAUCCUUCCCAGUCUGAGCUGUGGAAGCCAAUGCUCGGCCUGUUUAAAUUUUAUCAUUAAUAUUAUUAACCAU